AUGUCGCAACCUUUGAUUAACCAGACUGCAAAUACCAUCACUACUGGUGAUAAAUUGGCUUCAGAUGCUGAACAUGAAAAGCAGAAUGUCGAUUAUGAAAGUCAAACUCGUUUCGAAGAAGAUGAUUCCACCAUUGAAGGUGAUCCUGAUUUAUAUUUACAAAAGGAAGUGGAAUUUGAAUCCGCUCAUGAUAUAAACUAUAGAAAUUGUUCAUGGCAAAAGACGGCUGGAUUAUUAUUCAGUGAAUAUAUUUGUUUGGCUAUUUUAUCUUUCCCAUGGUCCUUUUCGGUUUUAGGAGUUGGUUUAGGUUUAAUUGUCACUUUAAUUGUUGCAUUACUUGUUUUAUAUACUGGUUUAAUCGUAGCUGAUUAUUGUGCUGCUUAUCCUCAUUUAACCAAUGUUUGUGAUAUUGGUCAACAUUUAUUCUGGGGUAAAAGAUGGGUUUGGCAUUUGACUGCUAUAUGUUUUGUCUUGAAUAACUUAUUAAUUCAAUCAUUACAUGUUUUAGUGGGUGCUAAAUAUCUUAAUACCAUCAGUGAUAAUACUACCGUUUGUUCAGUAGUAUUUGGUGUUGUUGCUUCUGUGAUAUGUUUCUUUGUAUCUUUACCAAGAACAUUUUCUCAUAUGUCAAUUAUUGGUAUUUUUUCAGCUGUUACUAUGUUUAUAGCUGUUGUUUUAGCUAUGGUUUUUGCUGGUAUUGAAAAACAUCCUUUCGAUUGGGACAAGGAAGAAUUACCUAUUGUUUGGACCGCUUGGCCAAUCAAAGGUACUACUUAUGUUAAUAUCAUGUCUGCCGUGUUAAACAUUGUUUAUACUUUUGUGGGUCAAGUUACUUAUCCAUCAUUUAUUUCUCAAAUGAAAAAUCCAAAGGAUUUUAAAAAGGCUUUAUGGGCAGUUACUCUCUUAGAAAUUGCUUUAUUCUCAUUAGCUGGUGUCAUUGUUUAUAUUUAUGUUGGUAAUAACUAUAUUACUUCUCCGGGUUUUGGUUCAUUAAGUCUUACUUAUAAAAAGAUUUCAUUUUCAUUUGCUGUACCAACUAUUAUUUUCUUAGGAGCUUUAUAUUCUAAUGUUUCUGCUCAAUUCAUCUUUCAAAACAUAUUCUCCAAAACUUCAAUUCAUAGAAAUAGUCAUACUUCCAAAGGUUGGAUUGUUUGGGGUGGUAUUAAUCUUAUCUUAUGGAUCUUAGCCUUUGUGGUUGCCGAAGUUAUUCCAUUCUUUAGUGAUCUUUUAUCUUUAAUGUCAUCAUUAUUCGAUUGUUCAUUUGGUUUCUUCUUCUGGUCUCGUGCUUACUUCAAAUUAAAGGAAUUAUAUUAUUUCAAAUUAGAAAAUAGAAAAUUAUCGGUUUGGGAAAUCUUUCAAAGAUCAACCUUAGUCACUAAAGGUGAAAUAAUACUAAAUUUAAUCAUUGCUCUCAUUGGGUUCUAUAUUCUUGGUCCUGGUUUAUACGCCACUAUCCAAUCUAUCAUAUUGUCAUAUGAAGCUGAUGCUUAUGGUAAACCAUUCACUUGUGUAAGUAAUGGUAUUUAA